CAACCAUUUUCCUUCGCUCGCUUCGCUUGUGAAUUAUAAAGCGGUGAAUUAAUCCCGAAAAAUACUACUCCAGCCACUUUGGAAAAAAAGUUUGUACCACUAAUUUAUUGUAACUUUUAACGACGCAACAAAAACAGACACGAUGGCCGAUGAAAAGAAGGGCGGAGAAUCUGAACACAUCAACUUGAAGGUCUUGGGACAGGAUAAUGCCGUGGUCCAAUUCAAGAUCAAGAAACACACACCUUUGCGGAAAUUGAUGAAUGCAUACUGUGACCGUGCUGGAUUGUCAAUGCAAGUGGUCCGAUUCCGAUUUGAUGGACAACCGAUCAACGAGAACGACACACCAACCACUCUGGAAAUGGAGGAAGGCGACACAAUAGAAGUGUACCAACAACAAACUGGCGGAAACUAAACUCCCCGUCGUCGUCGCCGCCCUUUACCUGCUGACCAUGUAUGAUCAUCCAUAACUAAAGCAACAACAGUUUAAAAUUGAAAUCAUUUCCUUCAGUUUAAUUUAUCAUUACAACAAACAAAAAAAAAUCACACAGCAAAUUCAUAGAAAUACCAUCAAGAAAGAGCCUUCAUGAGCUCUUCCGCGAAAAAAAAAACAAAAAAAAAUAGUUUAAGCAUAUUGGAAAAUAAGGACAAACUCUUACCUUAACGCAAAAUUUUUUCUCUUAUAUUUGUUUCUAAUGAUACACACUUUUUUAUAAUAAAAGAUGAUACUAAUUACUUCUUAAGA